AUGGCGUCCGCCCCGGACGCCCACGACGUCAAUGCAGGACCUAUCGUCCACGACACCCACGAUGGCCUUGAGCAUGAUCAUGAUCAUGAUCACGACCAUGACCACGGCCACGAACACGGCCAUGAACACGAACACGAUCACGAUCACGAAACCCACGAAGCCCACGACGUGCAUGAUGUUCACCAAGUCGCAGACACGUCCAUCGCCUCCACCGCCGGCGGCACACCCGCCAAAGAGCGCCAUUCCCUGACCCUCGACCAGCGACGCGCCCUCCGACGCUGGGCUAAUGCGCAGACGAAUCGACCCAGCCACAAGACGUGCAUCGAGUGGUUCUAUGCGCAGUAUGGCCAGCACAUUUCUCAGUCAACUGUCUCGCACUCUCUGUCGCCUAAAUACUCACGCCUCGACGGCGACAACCCCCAGCUCUCCGGUUCGCGCCUGCGCUUUGGCAACUGGCCUGACGUUGAGAAGCUUGUCCUCCUCUGGUACCAACAGGUCCAGGCGUCUGGUCGCCAGCCUACCAACGAGGAGCUCGGCGAGAAGGCCAAGUCUAUCUUCGCUCAGCUGCCGCGCUACAAGGACGAGCAGCCGCCCGAGUUCUCCCCCGGCUGGAUUCACCGCUUCAAGAAGCGCUACGGACUCCUCGUGCGCCGCCAGCGCCGCCAUGGCGACGGCUCCCUGAGCCCUGCCGAAGACAUCAACUACCUGGCCGACUGCGUGCCCCGCUUCCUGGCCAUUUCCGCCGACACGUCUCCAGCGGCCAUCAAGGAGUCUGUCCUGCGCGUCGUGGGUGUCGAGGCGACGCUCCAAGUGUGCGCCCUCGUGCGCGACGAAAUCCUCCGUCGGGCGCAGAACCCCAAUGCCGGCCUGCCCUCCGGCACCGCCUCGCCCCAACUCGCCCUCCCACCCGCUCCCCACCCACACAACACGCACCCCACUGACCCGAACCUGGUGCCUGCCCCCACGGGCAACGGCGCCGACACGACCAUGUACGGCACAGGCGACGAAGACCCAGAGGUCGUCCUCCAAAACGCGCUGCGCCAGCUGCAGCAAGAGGAGGCCGAUGCCGAGGCCAGCGCCGCCGUCGCCCGCGAAGAGCGAGAGCAGCGCGAACGUGCCCAAGGCACGGCUGCCGCGGCCCUCGCGACGCCGGCGGAUGCAUGCACCGCGUGUCCGCUGGCCCCGGCGGCGGCGGCGGCAGCAACAGCACACCCGGAGGCGCCGCCCGAUACACCCCCGUACCGGGAAGUGGCCCCCCACUGCAUGGACCCCAUGGCGAGGACCUCACGCUAA